GGUAGACGCAGCGAACACGCAAAACCAACCGAAGGAAACGAAUGAACACAGGCAAUCCCAUUAAAUCUCGUCAGAGCAAAACCUGACUUUUGACGACGACAGGAACGCCAACAAAAUGGAGACGCCGACGGCGACAACGUUCUCCUACAUUGACUACAUCGUAUUCGCGCUGUCGCUCUUGCUGUCGGCUGCUAUCGGCGUCUACCACGGAUGCGUCGGCUCUAAGCAGACGACGACAGACGAGUUCCUGAUGGGCGGCAAGAACAUGGGAGUCAUACCGGUCGCGCUGUCCAUGGUCGCCAGCUUUCUGUCGGCCAUCUCACUGCUCGGCCAGCCUGCUGAGAUGUAUUACUACGGCACACAGUAUUGCUUGUGGACGUUAUGUGUCAUCAUUGCCUUCCCGGUGGCAGCAAACAUCUUCAUUCCUAUCUUCCAUGAGUUGGAAUUGACGAGCGCUUACGAGGGUGGAAUGAAGGCGGUCAUAUGGACAGACACUUUUCAGAUGCUAGUCAUCUUCGUCGGGCUGCUCGUCGUUAUUGUGAAAGCAACCGUUGACAUCGGCGGCACAGGCGAAGUUUUUCGCAUCUCUAACGAGGGAGGGCGUCUUAUCUUUUUUAAUAUGGAUCCAGACCCAACUACGCGCACUACGUUUUGGAGCGUGAUCAUAGGGGGCGCCUUUGUUGCUCUCACGACAUACGCUACUAACCAGGCAACGGUGCAGCGAUAUCUCAGUAUCAGAACUGUCAAGCGAGCAAAGUAUGCGCUUUGGCUGAAUAUCCCAUUAUGGACAUUAGCGACAGUGCUUCUUAUGCUCAUGGGCUUGGCGGCCUACGCUAAGUACCACGACUGUGAUCCAAUGCUCUCGCAUAACAUCGACAAAAAAGACCAGUUGGUGCCGUAUUUUGUUCUGGACACGCUGGGUUUUGUCCGCGGACUUCCCGGUCUUUUUGUCGCUUCCUGCUUCUCGGCUGCACUCAGCACGUGUCGUCACGGGGUUUAACUCUCUAUCGGCGCGUCG